AGUUCUUUAAAAACAGUUUUAAUCAUAAUGAUAAUAUUCCACAUAUUUCAGUUCUAAACUAACUAGUAGUCCUUCACCUAAAUAUCUAUACGAAUAGGUUACAAAUGUGUAAAGUAUCUUUCCUUGUGUCGUAAAUAAAGCUCUAUCGGUGAAGCUGGAGCAGACUGGAACGCCGCUCCUGUAUUAUUUACUAAAGGGAAGCCUUCCGGAUCUCACUAGGUGAGGGGGUCCUGAUCUCACCAGGUGAGGGGGUCCUGAUCUCACCAGGCGAGGGGUCCGGAUCUCACCAGUUUUCGAUUCUACGAUGAACCCGAUAUUAAACGUGCGCACGUGAAAAAGAAGCUUAGCCACUAACUUUACCUCAUUGCUUUAUUGUCGGUUGGCUACAGACCAGUUUACUCUACCUGGCCAAUAGGAGUAUGAGGUGGCGUAUCUUAACAUAAGUAUAAAGUUCUUGUAUCACUGAUUCUACAUCUCACAUAUUAGCCCCGCCGUCCUCGCACAUCUGUAUAGAUAUCAGAUCAACAUGAAAACUCGACGUGGAGUUCUUGUAUGUGGUGUUCUGCUAGCGUUGCUUCUCCAGUCUUGGUCUGCUCCAGUAUCUGAUGAAGACAAUGAGGUUAAGAGUGACGAGAAAAAAGGCCAAUCUUCAGAGCAACAGAGUAUAGAUGAUGAAGAAACUGUGGAAGAGAAAGAAAUUGAAGUGAUGGAAGCCGGAAUCUUGGAUUCCAUUCAAAAGUUCUUUGAUUCUGAUGAUCCUGAUUCGGGCAUUAGUAAAAUAUCAGAUUACGUAAAAAAUUUUGGAGAAGCUCUAAAGGAUGUAGUCAAUCGCACUCUCAGCGGGAUUAACGGGUUUAUUAAUGGAUUGUCUACCAAUGAGGGUUCGGAUGAUGAGAAAAAGGAGACAGAGAAUGGAGGUGAAAUUGAAGGUUCAAAAUGAAGACGUGCAUCUCGAUUAGCGGUGGUGUCAUUGAAGACAGAAAAAUGUGACUAGAUAAUUUUGUGAACAGUUUUUAUAAAGUAAAAAUGUGAAAAACAGUAAGAUGGUUCGAAUAGAUUGGAGUUUUGGUUCAAGGUUCAAAUCAUUAUACCAUCAUUAUUUGUUGUACUUCUUUUGUAAUAACCUUUAUAAACAUGACCAACUUGUUCUGUGUUUACGUUAAUGGUUCUCAACCUUUUUAAAUCUCUGCUGUCGUCGAAUUGUUGUUAUGGAACCUUUCACAGUGUUCAUUAAAAACAAAGAAACAAA